AUCCAGCCAACCUCAAUGGGCCAAAAGCCCAGUUCAGUUUCCCGGCUGUGCGUCCUGUCUGUCCAAGAAGGUCGCGGAAUCACGGGAGCUUCCAGAACGUUCCGCAUUCCGGCCCCGCCCGCACCAACGUGGCUCGGGGUCCGCCCUGGGGGCUCCUGGGCUGGCUCGGAGCGCUCGGCGCAUGCGCCCGGCACACGCCAAGGCCCGGCCCGAGUAACGGACUCGGGCUCCCCCCACCGGAAGUGGGAGGCUGCGCGGCGGGAGGAGCCGGCGGUAGCGUGGCGCCUGCGGGCUGGGCUGUGGGCGUCGGGUCCGAGGGGCUUGCGCUUCUCCCUCCGCGCCAUGGCAGAGGCCGCCGACGCCGUGCGGCUGCUCCUGAGCUCCACGGCACUGUGGCUCUUGCUGCUUGGCGCCGGGACGGCCUCCGCGUCCAAGGCGGUGACCGCCCACUUGACCGCGAAGUGGCCCGAGACCCCGCUGCUGCUGGAGGCCAGUGAAUUUAUGGCUGAAGAAAGUAAUGAAAAAUUUUGGCAGUUUUUGGAAACUGUACAAGAAUUAGCAAUUUAUAAGAAAACAGAAUCAGAUUAUUCUUACUACAACUUAAUCCUGAAGAAAGCUGGACAAUUUUUAGACAAUUUACAUAUCAAUCUCUUAAAGUUUGCUUUCUCUAUAAGGGCAUACUCUCCAACUGUUCAGAUGUUUCAACAGAUUGCAGCUGAUGAGCCCCCACCAGAUGGCUGUGAUGCAUUUGUGGUUAUCCAUAAGAAACACACCUGUAAAAUUAAUCAGAUUAAAAAGCUGCUGAAGAAGGCUACUUCAAGACCCAGACCGUAUCUGUUUAAAGGAGAUCAUAAAUUUCCUACGAACAGAGAAAACUUACCAGUGAUUAUUCUCUAUGCUGAAAUGGGUACUAGAGCAUUUCGUCAAUUUCACACAGUAUUGUCUGAAAAAGCUCAAAAUGGGGAAAUUCUUUAUGUUCUUCGGCACUAUAUUCAGAAACCAGCCUCACAGAAAAUGUACUUAUCUGGCUAUGGUGUGGAGCUAGCAAUUAAGAGUACGGAAUACAAAGCGCUGGAUGAUACUCAAGUCAAAACUGUGACUAAUACUUCUGUAGAAGAUAAGACUGAAACAAAUGAAGUUCAAGGAUUUCUCUUUGGGAAACUAAAAGAAAGAUACUCAGAUCUUAGAGAUAAUCUGACAACAUUCCAAAAAUACCUUAUUGAGAGUAAUAAAGAAAUGAUGCCUUUGAAAGUCUGGGAACUACAAGAUCUUAGUUUUCAAGCAGCUUCUCAGAUAAAGUCCACUCCAGUUUAUGAUGCCAUAAAAUUAAUGAAAGACAUUUCUCAGAACUUCCCUGUAAAAGCCAGAUCUCUGACCAGAAUUGCUGUAAAUCAACACAUGAGGGAAGAGAUACAGGAAAAUCAAAAGUAUCUUCUAGAUGAAUUUGAAAUUCAGCCAGGUGAUGCUUAUCUAUAUAUAAAUGGACUUCAUAUUGAUAUUGAUUCUUAUGAUCCUUUUAGUCUUUUGGAUAUGCUGAAACUAGAAGGAAAACUGAUGAAUGGCCUCCACAGUCUUGGGAUCAACGGAGAAGAUAUGAGCACAUUUUUAAAAUUAAGUUCACGUGGUUGGGAAGAUACCUAUGCAUUAGAUAUUAGGCAUUCUUCUAUAAUGUGGAUUAAUGACUUAGAAAAUGAUGAUUUGUAUGCUUCGUGGCCUGCAAGUUGCCAGGAACUUUUGAAGCCAGUAUUCCCUGGAAGUAUCCCUUUAAUAAGGCGUAAUUUUCAUAAUUUGGUUCUGUUUAUUGAUCCUGCUCAAGAAUAUACCUUGGAUUUUAUAAAACUUGCUGAACUUUUCUAUUACCAUAAAAUUCCUCUUAGAAUUGGUUUUGUGUUCAUUGUUAAUACAGAUGAUGAAGUUGAUGGAACAAAUGAUGCUGGAGUUGCUCUUUGGCGAGCUUUCAACUAUAUUGCAGAAGAGCAUGGUGUAUCACAGGCAUUUAUUUCCAUAGUACAUAUGUAUGAAAAAGUGAAGAAUAAAAAUAUACUCACUGUGGACAAUGUGAAGAGUGUGCUCCAAGAUAAAUUUCCUCAUGCUAAUAUUUGGGAUAUUUUGGGUGUUUAUUCCAAAUAUGAUGAUGAAAGAAAGGCAGGAGCAAACUUUUAUAAGAUGACUGGUCUAGGUCCUUUGCCUCAAGCUCUUUAUAACGGUGAAUCCUUUGACGGUGAAGAGUUGAAUGUUAAUGAACUAGAAGUGGCUGUUCUCCACAGAAUAAUGAAUGUAACUAAAUAUUUACAAAAGGAAGUUUUUAUGGGCACAUUAAAUGAUGAAACAAAUGCAAUUGACUUCCUUAUGGAUAAAGAUAAUGUUGUGCCCCGUAUAAAUCCUUUGAUUUUGCAAAGUAAAUGGCAGUACCUUAAUUUAAUAUCUACAUCAGUAACUGCUGAUGUUGAAGAUUUCUCUACUUUCCUCUUCUUGGAUUCACAAGAUAAAAGUGCUGUAAUUGCAGAGAAUAUGUAUUAUUUAACCCAUGAAGAUGGUGAUGUAAUUUCUUUAGUUACUUUCUGGAUUAUUGCUGAUUUUGACAAACCGUCUGGGAGAAAAGUGCUUUUCAAUGCAUUAGAGCACAUGUGUCUUGCAGACCAACACAUUUCAGAAAGAUUGUUUGGAAUAUAUGGAGCAGCAGUCACUUCUGCCUUCUCUUUUCAAGAAUUUCUGGAAAGCAUCUUCCUUGAAAGGCCCACAAACCGCCUUUCAUCGGAAACAAGUGUUUAUAGUCGGUUGGGGAUUAUUUAUAAUCCUACAUCCAAAAUAGAUGAAGAGAGCACAGCUAUUUCUAGAGGAAUUCUGGCAGCUUUUCUUACACAGAGAAACAACUUUUUGAGAAACUUUCUCAUGAAACUGACAGAGGAAGAAACUGCUACAGCUAUUUACUCUGGAGCUAAAAUUAAAACGUUCCUUACUGAGGGGAUGGAUAAAAAUGCUUUUGAGAAAAAAUAUAAUACCAUUGGAGUGAAUAUUUUUCGAACUCACCAGUUGUUCUGUCAAGAGGUACUUAAAUUGAAUCCUGGAGAAAUAGGUGUUGUCAGCAAUGGGAAAUUCUUAGGACCUUUAGAUGAUAAUUUCUAUGCAGAAGAUUUUUACUUAUUGGAAAAGAUAACAGCUACUAAUUUAAUAGAUGCAAUUGAAGACAUUGUUGAAACUACGGAAAUCGACUCAGAGGACUUGAGUGACCUUAUUAUGAAAAUUGAUGCCCUUGUUUCCUCUUUGCCUAACCAUGCAUCUCGGUAUGAUGUCACAUUUCUUAAGGAGAAUCACAGCAUUAUAAAGAUAAAUUCUCAGGAGGAGGAUAUGGUCUUUGAUGUCAUUGCUAUUGUUGACCCAUUGACAAGAGAAGCACAGAAGAUGGCACAGUUACUGAUUGUCCUUGGAAAGAUUAUCAACAUGAAGAUUAAGUUGUUCAUGAACUGCAGGGGGAAGCUUUCAGAAGCCCCUUUAAAAAGCUUUUACCGUUUUGUUCUGGAACCAGAACUGACGUUAACAGCUAAUGACGUCGCUGGACCAGUGGCAAAAUUCUUGGAUAUCCCUGAAUCUCCCCUCCUAACCCUCAACAUGAUUACUCCUGAAGGCUGGUUGGUUGAAACAGUACAUAGCAACUGUGACCUUGACAAUAUUCAUUUAAAGGAUAUCGAGAGAACCGUUAUAGCAGAAUAUGAACUGGAAUAUCUGCUGCUUGAAGGACAUUGCUUCGAUAUCACAACAGAACAACCUCCUCGAGGCCUGCAGUUUACACUGGGCACAAAAAAUAAACCUGUUAUGGUUGAUACAAUAGUGAUGGCCAAUCUUGGAUAUUUUCAAUUAAAAGCAAACCCAGGUGCUUGGGUACUGAAAUUACGCCAAGGAAAAUCUGAAGAUAUCUAUCAGAUCGUUGGGCACAAAGGAACUGACUCUCAGCAGGAGCGGGGAGAUGUCGUUGUUGUAUUAAACAGCUUCAAAAGCAAAAUACUGCAAGUACAAGUACAAAAAAACCCAGACAGAAUUAAGGAAGAUAUCCUUUCCGAUAAAGAUGGAACAAAAAAAGGAAUGUGGGAUUCCAUUAAAAGUUUCACAAAGAGCCUGCGUAAAAAAGACGAAAAGGAAACAGACAUUCUAAACAUUUUUUCAGUUGCUUCUGGCCAUUUAUAUGAACGCUUUUUAAGAAUUAUGAUGCUUUCUGUUUUACGAAACACCAAAACACCAGUGAAGUUCUGGUUUCUUAAAAAUUAUCUCUCUCCAAAAUUUAAAGAGGUGAUUCCUCACAUGGCUGAAGAGUAUGGAUUCCAAUAUGAACUGGUCCAGUAUAGGUGGCCCCGGUGGCUUCAUCAACAAACUGAAAAACAAAGGAUUAUUUGGGGUUAUAAGAUUCUUUUCCUUGAUGUCCUUUUUCCUCUUGCAGUGGAUAAAAUCAUUUUCGUUGAUGCUGACCAGAUUGUGAGACAUGACCUGAAGGAACUUCGAGAUUUCGAUCUGGGUGGAGCACCGUAUGGGUACACGCCCUUCUGUGAUAGCCGCAGGGAAAUGGAUGGGUAUCGUUUCUGGAAAACCGGAUACUGGGCAUCACAUCUUUUGAGAAGAAAAUACCAUAUCAGUGCCUUGUACGUAGUGGAUCUCAAGAAGUUCAGGAAAAUUGCAGCAGGUGACAGGCUGCGGGGCCAGUACCAGACCCUCAGUCAAGAUCCAAACAGUCUCUCGAACCUUGAUCAAGAUCUUCCCAAUAAUAUGAUUUACCAAGUUGCCAUUAAGUCUCUUCCUCAAGACUGGUUGUGGUGCGAAACCUGGUGUGAUGAUGAAUCCAAACAAAGAGCCAAAACAAUUGAUCUGUGCAAUAACCCCAAAACAAAAGAACCUAAACUAAAAGCUGCUGCCAGGAUUGUCCCAGAAUGGGUGGAGUAUGACACUGAGAUACGACGACUCUUAGAUCACCUUGAAAACAAGAAGAAAAAUGCAAUUUUGACACAUGAUGAACUCUAGCCCUGGCUUAUUUAAGAGAGAAGAUGAGAAAGGAUGAUGAGAAAUCUGCCACCUGCUGGGGAAGUGUGGAACUACUGCUAAGACUUUUGGAAGUUUCGUUAAGGAUCAGUGACAUAUAUUCUUCAAUUUAAAUUAUUUAAAAAUACAUAUAUUUAAUGUAUUGAAUAAGUUUAAGUUAUAUAAGAACUGACUAUUGAGUUGUUAAAACUAGAUUGUUCCUCUUUCCUGAUUGCUUAAAAACACUGGGUUUUCACCAGUUGAAGCGAAGGAAGUAUCUGGCUACCUUGUCCUCAUGGGGAUUUUUCACACCAUCCACAUCUGGGAUAUACCAGCUGUGCGCAUCCAUAUUUCUUUAUCCAUAAGAUGUAUUUAAAAUUAGAGAAAUCUAUUUUGUGUUUUUUCUACCGAGAAAGAAAAAGGACUCAUGGUAUCUCUGAAUAUUUAAAACAUUAAGCCCAUUUAUAUCUUAACUAUUGUUUUAAAAUGGAAGUAGUAUCACACUGUAAUCACCUAUUUAUCUUAAACCAUAUGAUGUCUUAAUCCUA